AUGGUUGAAGCGGAUCGCCCCGGGAAGCUUUUCAUCGGCGGGCUCAACCUCGAAACCGACGAGAAAGCCCUGGAAGCCGCGUUCGGCAAGUAUGGCCGCAUCGUCGAGGUGCUCUUGAUGAAAGACCGAGAAACUUCCAAGUCGAGGGGCUUCGCGUUCAUCACCUUCGAAAGCCCAGCCGACGCCAAGGCCGCCGCCAGAGACAUGAACGGCAAGUCCCUGGAUGGUAAGACCAUCAAGGUGGCCCAGGCCACCAAGCCGGCGUUUGAGAGCGGCCGACGGGGCCCGCCGCCUCUCCGCAGCCAUAGCUACUCGAGCCGAGACUACCCGAGCCGCGACCCCAGGGAUUUCGCGCCCUCGCCGAGAGAGUACUCCUACCGUGAUUACGGCCACUCCAGUGCGCGCGACGACUGCCCAUCGCGAGGCUACAGCGACCGAGACGACUACGGGGGUCGCAGCCGAGACUACCUGGAUCAUCCGAGCGCAGGCUCCUACCGAGACGUCUUCGAGAGUUACGGGGACCCGCGCGGCGCCGCGCCGGGGCGGGACCCCCCGCCAUCUUACGGCCACGGCGGAGGUGGCCGCUACGUGGGGUACAGUGGCUGCUCCCCCGACGCCUACGGCAGCGGCCGCGACAGUUACACCAGUGGCCGCAGCGACCGCUAUUCCAGGGGUCGCGAACGGGUAGGCAGGCCCGAUCGUGGGCUCCACCCGUCCAUGGAAAGGGGGUGCCCUCCUCCACGUGAUUCCUAUAGCAGGUCGGGCCGCAGGGUGCCCCGAGGUGGAGGCCGACUUGGGAGCCGAGCUGAGAGAGGGGGAGGCCGGAGCAGAUACUAA